AUGAGCGGCCAGCAGGCGAAGGGGCAGACGAGCAGCGAGGUUAUGCGGAGACCCGGAAUACAACCGGGCACUAUCACCGGGGCUGAGGCAAUGUGUGCGAGAAGACCCGCGUGUAUUCGAGAGUCAUUGAAGAUUGGAUACUGGUUUCAACCUGGCAUUGUAUCUAGAAUGUUUAGCGGAAAUAUAAUUCGGUUUAUUCAUGUGGGAUAUACUGCCUUUAAUGCUUCCAAUAAGACACUGUUAUCCAAACUAAGGAAACAAACUGGAUACACUUUUGCAAAUUGUAAAAAGGCUUUGGAACUGAAUGACUACAAUUACUCUCUGGCUGAAAAAUGGUUGCAAGAUCAAGCUCAGCAGCUAGGGUGGUCCAAAGCUACAAAAUUAGAAGGAAGAAUUACUGCCCAAGGUUUAGUUGCUGUGGGAAUGGAAAAAAAUAAUGCAGUUAUUGUUGAAGUAAAUUGUGAGACUGACUUUGUUGCUCGCAACAAAAAUUUUAGUUCUCUAGUUGAACUAGCUGCUACAACAUGUCUCAACCAUACAGCCUCUGUUCCUGUUGGUUCUCAUCUCUCCAGAUUAGAUGCUGAAAUAUUAAAAUCUUUAAAAGUGCACGAUGGAAAAACUCUCUCAGAUCAUUUAGCACUUGUAAUUGGAAAAGUGGGAGAGAAUCUCUCUCUACGUCGAGCAACAUGCUUUCAUGCUGCUGAUGGCAUUUUAUUGGCUGGUUAUGCUCAUCCAAGCCCAAAUUUUCAAUCAUCUGUUCUCUUAGGGAAGUUUGGGGCUGUUGUGGCAUAUCAAGCUGAUUCUCCAUCACAAAGUGAUACCAAACUACGUGAAAACUUGUCAGUAGAUGAAAUUGGUCGUCAGUUAUGUCAGCAUGUUGUAGGAAUGAAUCCAAUGAAGAUUGGUGAAGUUGGCCAAGAUACUCCUGCUAAUAACCCAGAUGAUGAAAGUUGCAUGAUAUAUCAAGAAUAUUUAUUGGAUCCCUCCCAAACAGUGGGGGAGAUGUUGGCCAGUACAUCUAUUUCUGUUUUAGAUUUUGCAAGAUAUGAAUGUGGAGAAGAACUUCUUGAAAAUACUGAAAACAAUAGCUCCAAAGUUGCUGUGGAAAUAGGAGGUUAAAAUUGUCUAUAAAUUAAACAUGUGUAAUAUUAGUCGAAUGUUCUGAAAGAAAUUAAUGUAUAUUAUUCCUUGUAAAGAAUCAUACACACUACACAAUAUUUGUGCUGUUUUAGUUUUUGCCCUGAAAAUAUAUAUUCCAAAUAACAUGUUCUUGUGUUCGUAAAUGCACUUAACAUAAAUAUUCAUAUUAUGACUUUAAAUUACUUUGCGUAGUCUGUGAAUAUGGCCUGCGUUUUUUCCUAGAAUAAUGUGUCCCUUUCCACAACCACAUUCGACAAUCCUUUUUCCAAACGGGUGCAACAUCAUCAGAAGAAUAUUGACUCCCUUGGUGUUGGAGGAUCUCUGGUCCAACAUUGUAGAGAUUUGUAGUAUUUUCAUCUUGCAUUAGGAAUUUUCCUCUUGAUGCAGUAUCUUUUUGAUUAGAAACAUUGUUUCCAGUAGAUACAGUGCAGCUCUCACUUUUAGAACCAUACAUCUUCCUUUUCUUUGGAGCAUCACAAUCAAUUGUUAGAUCUUCAAAGUCCCCAGUAAAAGAUAGAGUUGCUUGCUUUGAACAUUCUGCUUCAGAUUUGUUCUUAUCUUUGAAUAUCGACACAUCUCUUCCUGUUUCACAUUCAUCAUCCCCAUCAUCACAUGUCCACUCCAUGUGGAGGAGGAUAAUUAUACAUCAAAUUAUAUAUUUUUACAUCUCUUUACUCCAUGCCUAUUUAUAGAGCUGAAUUUUUUGAAUUGUAAUUGAAAUUUACUUCUGAUUAAACAUUGCUUUUUGCUAACAUGUGUUGUCAAAUGAAAUAUUGCUGAACAUGCUGUAUUUUAUUUUUCAAAACCAUAGCAAUCAUCAUUUUCAAACAAUUUCAUCAAGAAUAUGCACAUUGUUAUCAUUCGUUCACUUAUUUCAGCACACAUUGUUUUAAGUGUGCUUAACAAUGUGUUAUAUUUAGCAAUACAGAAAAUUGCUUAGUAAGCAUUAAUGUAAAACUUCUGAGAUCGAAUGUAGUGAAAAUUUAUUGGUUUUGAUAUUUGCUUCAUAGAAAGUAGUAUUUAGUGGUUGUUUAUCUACAUCCCAAGUAAAAUUGUUUUUUCCCCAUGAUCAUAAACACGUUGAAAUUAGUGGUGCUACAACGGCACAUGUUUUCUCGAUUAUUUCUAGCUUUUGCAGUUCAAAAAUUUGGAAGUUCAAUAAAAGCAAGACCUGUACCAUUUUUGUAAGUGUCCAUUACUCUACCGUAGUAAAAAUUUGGAGCCGUUUUUAAGUUGUUUUUUUACAAAAUUCCUGUCAC